AGCGGAGGGCGAGCGGUCCACGUGGGUUUUGGUUCUGUGUAGGGCUACGCAGCUCGCUUCUUGCUGGUUAUGGCUGAGAGGAUCGAAGAACGCAUCGAGGACCGAAUCCCGGAGCUAGAGCAGUUGGAGAGAGUCGGGCUGUUCACUCGUAAGGAAGUCAGGGCUGUCAUUAAGAAGGUCUCAGCUCUUGAAUAUAAGAUACAGCGGAGAGCACUUCACAAGAAAGACUUCAUUAGUUACAUACAGUAUGAAAUCAACCUCUUGGAACUGAUUAAGACACGAAGACUGCGCAUUGGAUAUUCGUUUAAGAAAGAAGAGAUUGAAUAUUCAAUUGUGCAAAGAAUCCAUGGCGUUUUCAAGCGUGCUACAACAAAAUGGAAGGAUGACCUUCAGCUGUGGCUGUCUCAUAUUGCAUUUUGCAAGGAAUGGAACAAGAAAAUACAGUUGAGCAAGGUGUUUUCUUCCAUGUUAGCCCUUCAUCCCAACAAACCAGCUUUGUGGAUCAUGGCUGCAAAAUGGGAGAUGGAAGACCGCCUGUCAUCAGAAAGUGCUCGGCAGUUGUUCCUUCGUGCAUUGCGUUUCCAUCCUGACUCUCCUAAACUUUAUCAAGAGGUAGGCAGGCUUUUUCUGGUUAAAUGACAGUAGUUGGAGAAAGAGAGGCAAAAAAAAAUGUUAAUCAUAAAAGAGCCAUAUUCUCUUGAUUUGUAGGGUGAGUUCAGUUUUUCUGAGGACAUCCUUAAUGGUGAACUGGCUAGAAUUGUCUACCGAAAUGCAGUUGAAAAAAUCAAAGGUGCAGAGUUUGCACUUUCGCUUUUGUCAAUUGCAAAACGUUUUGAUUUUACACAAGAUCUUCAGAAAGAAAUUCUUGAAAACUUGCAGGCAACGUAUGACAAUGAUCCUCUUGUGUGGGAUUUCAUGGCACGGCGGGAACUGGAGAUGGAAUCCCUGCCUCCUUCAGAAGCACCUAAGUCGAAAGAGUCCAAGGCUUUAGAGGUUGCCCACAAAGAAGAACGGUGUUGCGUUGUAUUUGAGGAGGCAAUCACACACCUUCCCACUGAGGAAAUGUGGAAGUGUUAUGUCACUUUUACCUUGGAAAGAUGUAAUCGGAAGACCAACAGUGAAGAAUUAAGGCAAAAGAGACUGGAAAGGGUGCAGAGUGUUUUCAGCCGAGCUCAUGAAUCACAAUUGCUGCCAGCUUCCCUCUAUAAACAGUGGAUUCAGCUCCUGCUGGAACUCAGUCAUGAAGACAAGGCCAGAGAGGUGGCUGCGGCAGCCACAAACCGUUUCAGCCAAUUGGUGGAUAUGUGGGAAAUGAGGCUGCAGUUGCUGCUGAAACUGAAGAGCAGUGAAGUGGCUGCUUGUGCCCAGGAGGCUUUCAAAGUGGUUAAAGCGAAGGAUACCUUGCCACUAUGGAAUUUAUGGCUAGAAUGGAGUGAAGGUGCAAGCAGCAAAGCAGAGACUGAAGCCCUCUAUCAGAGAUCUUUCGUUGCCACACUUCCUGCUGACUCCAUAGCCCUGAAAGAAAAGUACCUUGAAUGGGCUCAUAGGACCGGUGGCUAUAAGAAAGCAAAGCAAGUCUUCACCAGGCUGCAGGAAUGCCGCCCAUUUUCACUCCAGUUUUUCAAAAAAAUGAUUCAGAUCGAAAAGGAACAGGAAUCCAGUAAAAUAUUUAACAUCCGAGAAUAUUAUGAACGUGCCUUGAGAGAAUUUGGUGCUACAGAACCUGAUCUUUGGCUGGAUUACAUCAAAGAAGAGCUGAAUCAUUCUCAAGGCAAACCAGAGAAUUGUGGCAGUAUUCACUGGAGAGCUAUGAAAAUAUUGCAGGGAGAACAAGUGGAAACAUUUAUUUCCAAGUAUACAUUACUGCAAGCUGGGCACCUGUGAGAAAUUAUUUUUAUUCUAAUGGCAAAUUAUCCUGUUUGCUAAUCUAACAACUGUGGAAACUCUUGGCUUUAAAUUGAGUCAGGUGUAUAAUAGAUGUUCCCUGGAUAAAUUACUUGCUCCUAAAUAAUUGCCUAACAUCCGUAUUCUCUCCACAUUACUGGAGUUAACAGAAAUGUAAGUUUUAGAUUUUAAUUAAAAUACAUAUAAAUAUACUUUCAAGGAAAGUGGAAGAACAAACUUAAUUUUGAGUUUAUUUUGCUACUGUUUUGUGAUAGGAUCUGUUUUUAUUUUAUAUUAUUGUGAUAGAACUGGAUUUCAUUCUGGCUAGUGAAUAGAAAUUAGUUGUCUGCCAAACGAAUGUAAAUAAUCACAUGUAGAUUGUUCCAGGAACAUGUAGUUUUGGGUGGUUUGUGUAGAAAGCAAAACAUGCAUGCUUGGUCCAGAUGCAAACUGAAAUAUAGUUGUUCUAGACAAAAGUAUUUUGGUGCAUUUCGGGAGGAAGAUAGAACAACCAAAAGCCUUACUGAAGUUAGGCUAAUUUGUAUCAAGUUAGGCACAUUUCUUUAAAAAACAACAACAAUGCAUAUACAUUAUGUACAGAUUCAAAAUAAAAAUCUGA